AUGGGAGCAAAGCCGCUGCUCAUGGCGGCCGUGCUGCUGCUGAUGGUCGCCGCGGCGGCCGCCAUCUCGGUGGAGGACGCGGCGCCGGACAACAUCCAGCCGCUGUCGACGCUCAACCUGGCCGCCGCCAAGGUCGCCAUGGACUCCGCGUCGGCCAUCCACGCCUCGCCGGAUGUGCUCGGCAAGGACGGUGAGGAUUCUGCGUGGGUGACGGUCAACUUCACGACGCCGUCGCCGUCCUCGGACCACUGGAUCGGUCUCUUCUCCCCUGCCGAUUUCAGCUCGGGCAUUGGGAGCACCAAGGUAGCAGGGCAACAAGAUGCGCUUCCAGGGCUGCCCAUGGCUCCCAUCAAGUACAAAUUCGGCAACUGCGAGCCGGAUUUCCUCAGCACGGGCAGCGGAAACACCAGCUUUCUCGUCAUCAACCAGCGGUAUGACUACGCCUUCGGGCUCUUCUCCGGUGGCAAGGACAAUAUGGCCGUGACUUGGACGAGUGGGUACAACAUCGGCGAGGCAUACCCCUUCGUGGAGUGGAGGAUCAAGGGCGAGGAGACCUCCAAGCGGACGCCGGCCGGCACGCUCACCUUCACGCAGAGCCAUCUGUGCGGUAACCCGGCUCGUGGACAGGGCUACAGAGAUCCAGGCUUCAUCCACACCGCUUUCCUCAAGGACAUGUGGCCAAAUAGAGAGUAUUCAUAUCAGAUUGGGCACGAGCUACAGGAUGGGACCGUGGCCUGGGGCAAGUCCUCCACCUUCCGCGCGUCGCCGUUCCCUGGCCAGGCUUCUCUUCAGCGUGUCGUCAUCUUCGGCGACAUGGGACUCGGGGCAAAGGACGGUAGCAGUGAGCUUCAGGGGUUCCAGCCUGGGGCACAGGUGACCACCGACCGGCUGAUCAAGGACCUGCCCAACUACGAUGCCGUGUUCCACAUCGGAGACCUCUCAUACGCCAAUGGCUUCCUCGCGCAGUGGGACCAGUUCACUGCGCAGAUCGAGCCCAUCGCCUCCAAGGUCCCCUACAACGUCGCAAGUGGCAACCACGAGCGGACGUUCAUGGACACGGGUGGGUUCUACAACGGCAACGACUCGCACGGCGAGUGCGGCGUGCCGGCGGAGACCUACUUCUACGUGCCGGCGCCUGCCCACCGUGGCAAGUUCUGGUACGCCGCCGACUACGGCAUGUUCCGCUUCUGCGUCGGCGACACAGAGCACGACUGGCGGCCGGGGUCCGAGCAGCACGCGUUCCUCGACUCGUGCUUCGCCGGCGCCGACCGGAAGCACCAGCCGUGGCUCGUCUUCCUGGCGCACCGCCCGCUCGGCUACUCCUCCAACGACUUCUACGAGCAGGAGGGCUCCUUCUCGGAGCCCAUGGGCCGCACCCUGCAGCCGCUCUGGCAGAAGCACCGUGUCGACCUCGCCGUCUACGGCCACGUCCACAACUACGAGCGGACGUGCCCAGUGUACGAGAACACCUGCACCGUCAAGGGCAAGGACGCCCAGAGCAGCUACUCCGGCGCCCUGGGCGGGACGAUCCACGUCGUGGCCGGGACCGGUGGCGCCAAGCUCAGGACCUACGCCGGCGGGGCCUGGCCGCAGUGGAGCGUGACCAGGAACGAGAGCUUCGGCUACGUCAAGCUCACCGCCAGCGACCACUCCACCAUGCGGUUCGAGUUCAUCCACAGCGACGACGGCGCCGUGCACGACACCUUCAACAUUACCAGGGACUACAGGGACGUCAUGGCCUGCGCCGUCGAUAGCUGCGCGCCACACACAUUAGCCAACUAG